AUGGCGGCAGCGACGCUCCCAUCCGCCUCCGCCAAGGUGGCGGUCCGGAAUCUAGCCCGCGUCGCGUCCUCGCGCCAACCGCUCCUCCUCCUCCACGCCUCCUACCGCCGCGGCCGCGGCCUCCACCCCCUCCCCCUCGCCGCCUCCGCCGCGUCCCAGGGCGCCCACCUCCGACGCGCGCUUUCCGUCUCCGCCUCCGCGACCGCUGGAGGGAACAACGACGCCGCACCGCGCGCGGCAGAGAGGGAGUACGACUACGACCUCUUCACCAUCGGCGCGGGGAGCGGGGGCAUGCGGGCGUCGCGCGUUGCGUCCGCCCUCUACGGCGCCCGCGCCGCCGUCUGCGAGAUGCCCUUCGCCACCGUCGCGUCCGACGCCCUCGGCGGCGUCGGUGGCACCGUGGAUGGCAAGCUUUACACUGCCGAAAACAUACUUGUAGCUGUUGGCGGUCGGCCGUCCAAACCAAACAUCCCAGGGAUAGAGCAUGUCAUUGAUUCUGAUGCAGCAUUGGAUUUGCCUUCCAGACCUGAGAAGAUUGCAAUAGUGGGAGGUGGAUAUAUUGCUUUGGAAUUCGCUGGUGUUUUCAAUGGCUUGAAGAGUGAUGUUCAUGUUUUCAUCCGCCAAAAGAAAGUGCUGAGAGGCUUUGAUGAGGAGGUCAGGGAUUUUGUUGCAGAACAGAUGUCUUUGAGGGGUGUCAAAUUUCAUAUAGAACAAAGCCCUGAAGCAGUAACUAAGUCAGAUGAUGGUUUGCUGUCUCUGAAGACAAACAAAGAAACUGUCAGUGGGUUCUCACAUGUCAUGUUUGCAACAGGUCGAAAGCCAAACACAAAGAAUUUGGGUCUGGAAAAUGUCGGGGUCAAAAUGGAUGAGCAUGGUGCUAUUGUGGUUGAUGAGUAUUCUCGGACUUCAGUUGACUCAAUCUGGGCUGUAGGGGAUGUCACCAAUAGAUUGAACCUGACGCCAGUUGCAUUAAUGGAAGCUGGGGCAAUAGCAAGGACCAUUUUUGGCAAUGAACCUACCAGAGCAGAUUACAGUGCCGUGCCAUCUGCUGUGUUUUCUCAACCACCAAUUGGGCAUGUUGGCCUUACUGAAGAUGAGGCUACUGAAACAUAUGGUGAUAUUGACAUCUACAUAUCAAAUUUCAAACCUCUCAGUCUAACUCUUUCUGGUCUACCUGAUUUUAAUUCAUUAUGGAUGUACAUUAAUAUACAUGGUAUUGUAAUUGCUGUUAAGGCUGGGUUGACGAAGCAAAAUUUUGAUUCCACUAUUGGUGUUCACCCAACAACUGCUGAGGAAUUUGUCACAAUGAGAAACCCAACUAGGAAGGUCCGAAGAGAUACUACUGCUGAGGCAAAGACUAAAGACGAGGCUGCAAGUCAGAAGUAG